UCGUCACCGCCGCCGCCGCGCAUCAGUAUGCCCAAAACGGUGUUCCGAGUGUGUUUUUGUGUGUGUGCGCCGCCCGUAGGUCGUAUAUCGUACCAUAUGAUCGCAGGGAAUAAAAAAAUUGUCUCGUCAUUCGUUGUUCGUUUAGUGUCGAGUGUUGUUGACCGGAUCGCCGUCGGGAUACUAUUGGAUAUAUUUUAUUAAUAAUAUUAUAAGACUCGUCGGACCUCGCGAGUGUGCGAAUUCUCGUCUUCAACGUGUUUCGUUCGUUUUCCUCGCAUCGUAUUUCGCAAUCGUUAUAAUAUCGCCCGUCUCGCUGUUUUUUGGAGCUCGACGUUCGUCGGACGUCCUCAGUAUUUCGAUCACCGUCGUCGUGUAUAUAUUAUAAUAGAUAGUAGUGUCGUAUGUACUAUAACUUCGUAGAUAUACGUUUUUAACUAUCCGCCGUAAUCCGUGCAAGCGCAGUAAUAUAGUACCCAUAUAAUAUAUAGUGCAUGUCGUAUUGGAUGCGCCAACGAUGAAUUCGUUUCUCACGCACAACUCUCUGCCGUACCAUCAACCGACGCAGAUGCACCAGAUGAUGAUGGUGGAACCCAAGUACUCGCCGCCGGACGACUACAGCAACAUGCAGAACUACAUGGGUUCGCCGGACUUUUUCGGCAGCCCUCACCACCAACAUCACCACCACCAACACCAGCACCACCACCCCUCCCAUCACGCCAAUCACCUGAGCCAACAGACUCAACACGUUGGCGGCAGUGGUGGCGGUGGCGGCAGUGCUGGCCACCAGCAGCAAGUGCAGGCCAGCGGCGUCGUCGGUGUCGGAAGCUCGGGUGGCCUCGGGGUAAAUGGUAGUGGUGGUGGAGGUGGCCACUAUCAGGGACACUAUCAGCAACAGAUCCAGGCUAUGUACCCGAGCCCUGGUCAGACGCCGUCGUAUUACACCAGCGCGGCAACCAAUUACGGCGCGUACCAGAUGCACCACGGUGGCCAAAUGCCGCUCGAGGCCCAACAGCCCCCGGCCUCCCUGAUGCACAACGCCGCGGGGCAACAGUGCCAGGGCGGCAGCAUAAUACCGUCCGGGGCCGGCGGCGGCCUGCAGGCCGUGGCCCUCAACGCUGUCAUGUCGCACGACAUUAAGGACGACUCGUCACCGUCGCCGCUGCCGUGCCACCUGCAGCCCAGCCCGUCGUCGUCCAAUCACAUGUCCAACAACCCGCUGGACGGGUCAUGCUCCGACGAUAUGGACGACUGCAACACGGACACAGACGAGAUGAUGAUGACCACGGUCAACGGGUCACCAAUCAUGAUGGACGACAGCGAGUCAUCGGACCGGGUCAUCUACCCGUGGAUGAAGAAGAACCACGUGGCCGGAAUGCCGAACGGUGGGUACCAGCCGGUGGACGUGAAGAGACAACGGACCGCUUACACCCGGUACCAGGUGCUGGAGCUGGAGAAGGAGUUUCACUUCAACAAGUACCUUACCCGGAGACGGAGGAUCGAGAUCGCCCAUUCGCUGGUGCUGUCCGAGCGGCAGAUCAAGAUAUGGUUCCAGAAUCGGCGAAUGAAGUACAAGAAGGACAACCAUCUGCCCAACACGAAAAACGUGCGCCGGAAAAACGGAAGCACGCAACCAGCGGGCAAAAAAUCCCGGGCCAAAAACAACAACAACAACAACAAUAGCAACAACAACAACAACAACCAUCAGCAGCAACCGCUGUGCUCGCCGUCCGGAUUGAAAAUCGAUUCGCACGACAUGUCACCGCAACAACAACCCGAGUUGAGGUUACAACAGCAGAACGAUGCCGGGCCGACGUCGCUGAUGUCCGCCAUAAUACCGUCGUCGUCGACGUCUUCGUCUUCGUCGUCGUCCGCCGCCGCAGCCGCGUCGGUCGCUGGACACAACAAUCCGGCCGCCGCCAUGCAGCAACAGCUUCACCAACAACAGCAGCAACAGCAACAACAACAACAACAACUACAGCAGCAGCAACAGCAACAGUUACAACAUUGUCUCAACCACCGCGGGCCACCGCCGCACCUGUCUCAACACCUACAACAACAGGGUUUGGCCAUCGGGGUCGGCGCCGGCGAGUACGGACUCACUCAACUGUAACGGCACGUUUGCAGAUCGUGAGCCACCCGUUUUCCAAGGUAUAAGUUACUUGACAUAAAAUGAAAAUAUACGAAAAAGUAAUACUGUAAAAUCCAACAAAUAAAAAAUACGAAAGUGAUCAUUGCGUUAUGGUCAAUAUAUACCUAAUAUAUAGGAAUUAUACCCAGGUACUAUUUUAACUACUGUCAUUAUACCUAGGUACUAUUUUAACCACUGUCAUUAUACCUACGGCAGAUGUCAUGUUCAAUUCUUCAGACAUUCUUUACGGGUUUCUUCUGUACGCUUUAUGUACGUGUUGUUCUCCCCAUGGUCAGAUUGAUUAUAUACCUAAUAAUAUACCUUCGCGCCCUCGGAUACAAAUCCUCAUGGGACCGAUCAAUUUUGCGGCAGUUUGGCGCCUUUUUUUUUGGGGGGGGGGGGGGUCUUAAUAAUAUAAUUAUAAUAUAUGCGCGAUUGCCACGGUCGAUUUACCAUACCAUAUCGUCUGCGAUUAUACCGAAAACCCGACUAUUUAUAACAUCUGAAUUACGAGUAACGUAUAUAAUAUUGCGUAGGUAUUAUAAGAUAUAGUUUGCAGCGGGCUGGUAUAUUAUAUAAUAUUAACUACUAAAAGAAAAAUAAUAUUUUGACCGUGGGAAGAAUAUAAUAUAAUAAUUCCUAUGAAAUAAUAUUGUAUAACGUAUUCGUGCUUGACAAUGGGUUUAUUGAAAUCUUCUGGCGAAAUCAUUUCCGACGCACGGUAGAUUCACCUAAAUAAGUAAUUGGUUAAAAUGUUUAUAUUUAUGGAAAAAAAAAUGUUAUUUAUUGUUAGUAUCUCUUACUUUUAGAUAUUUUUUUGUCCAAUCGUUUUGUUUUCGUUACGAUAAAAAGAUUCUAUACAAUAUACAAUAUAUAAUAAUUUAUAUAAUUUAUAAAAUAGAAAAUAUUAUUUAUAUA